AUGGCUUCCGCGAAACGAAUCGGCAAAGAGCUUGCCGACCUCACCAGAGAGCCAGUAGAAGGCAUCGCCGUAGAGCCGAAGGAAGACAACAUCUACAAGUGGACUGCAAAGCUUACAGGUCCAGUCAAGGGCCCCUACGCUGGUGGCACCUUCCUCCUUGAUGUCGACUUCCCUAUAGAGUAUCCUUUCAAGUCGCCCAAAGUGCGAUUCAACACACCUAUCUACCAUCCCAACAUUGACGAGGGCGGAAACCUCUGUGUCGGUAUUCUCAAGAGCGAGGCAUGGAAGCCAAGCACAAAGGCGGUGACUAUUCUGCUCUCGAUACUCCAACUCCUCGAGGAACCUAAUCCGGACGAUGCGCUUGUUGCUUCGAUCGCAGAGCUGUACAACACUGACCGUGCCAAGUUCGAUAAGACAGCGCAAGAGUACACGAAGAAGUACGCCUCUGCAUGA